CAAGAGAGCCCUUCGCAUGGUGUCCUAGGGACUUUUGGGUUAACCGAUGAACUCAACAUUGAAGGUGUUUCUACCCACGAUGCAUCUCAAUUUGAGAAAGAUGUCCUGACUAGUAUGCUAGGGGAUGGUGGCAAAAAUUCUAUGAAUGUAGACCUUUUCUGUGAAGGAAAAUCUCGAAAGAAAGUCAAGGACGCAGUUGGUCAUGAACCUGGUCCAUCUGGAUCCAAGUCGUCGUAUACCGGCACUGAAGAUUAUGAUAGAGGCGAUGAUGCAGCUAAUUCUCACUGGAACGCUGAAAAUUCUGAAAAGGAAGUUGCUGCGAAGCAAAGCUGGACUAAUGGUUCGUUCAGGAAUGUCAGUUCACUGAAGGCUGAAAUAGUACAAAGUGAUAUUUCAGAUUCUGGAAGCGAUGAAGAUGAUGAUUAUGUACCAGAAGCCAAUAAAGGCGGGACGUCGUCCGAAGACGACACGACAACAGAUCAUGCCGAACCGAAG